AAAAUUAGAAAAAAGAAAAGAGAGAGAGGAAACAAAGUGGUAGGGCUGUUGUGUUUUGUGUGUGUUGAUUAUUUUGUGCGCAGAUUCCAUGGUAAGGAGCAGGGCUGUUUCAGAGAAAAGAAUGUGCAGUAUGAACCCUAAAUUCGGUGAUGGGAUCUUCCAACUAUUCUUGAUGUCAUGGUCUUCACUAUCACUGCCACAGUUUGUUUAAAACUGCUGAAGAUCUACAGUUCAUUUUGACUGCUGCAACUAAACUUUUAUAUUUAAAAGUGUGUAUAGAUAUUGAUUUAGUCGUUAGAAAUGGAAUCCAAAACCGCAAAGGCAUUGGAUAGGGUUGUGCUCAAUCUGAAGCGAAAGCGAGCUGCCCAGUAUGUUGCAUAUUUGAAUGGAGGUUCACGAUCAGUGUUUCCUCAGUGUCCAUCAUUUGGGUUACCAACAAACAGGGUUGGCAAACGAAUGAGAUUGGGCAGACAUAAAAGCAAGACAACAAACUCUGGGAUCCAUAUUGGACAGUCAUUAGUUAGGUACUAUUUAAACUAUAAAAGGAGUGGAAGGCCAGAACGUUUGAUGUUCUAUCAGAAUGGUGAAUGGCUAGACUUCCCCAAGGAUGUUGUUGACUUUGUUAAGAAAGACCUUCAAGUGAAGAAGGAGGCUGUGGAGGUAGAGUUAAAUGAUCAUCAUCUUGUUCUAGAUUUUUUGCACAUGUACCGGAUGGAUUUGAAGACUGGUUUGCAGCAGCCUAUUGCUUGGAUUGAUGAGAAAGGGUGCUGCUUUUUCCCUGAAAUCUAUGCUGCUUGUACUGAACCUUAUCAUUUCUGCCGACCAGAGGUUGGAAAAGGUCAUGACUCGAAUGAAAUAAAAUUACAUUUAGAAAUUGAAAUAAAUGGGGGGGAUGAAUCCAAGUUGAGGGAAUGCAGUGGGGAAACCAAUGCCCUAGUUCAGCAUAUUGAGGUGGAUGCUAAACAAGCCUGCAGUCAAUAUGAAGUAGGAGUUGAAGAUAGCAAUAACAAAAUGGACUCUGGAAAUGGUGGUGAAGCCACUAAGAAAAAUAAAAAUACUGGUUUCAAUGCUUAUAGUGAAUUUUUAUAUGGAAAGUUAGAUGUGGAUACUGUACAGAUUAUGUUCCUCAAUGGAAUGAGUAGUUUUGGAAGUACUGACAUAGUUGAAAUUUCUCGUUGUUCCAUUCCGUUGAUGCAACCACGAUUGGAGCUAUUCCAGAAGCAAGCAGAGAUUACUAAAAGCUGUCGUGGGGAUGCUAAUGUUCGAUAUGCAUGGCUUGCUUCCUCCAAAGGAGAACUAUCUGCCAUCAUGAAGUAUGGGGUUGGUCACACUGUAUUAUCUGCAUCUAAAUGCACAUAUGGCAUUGGUGUUCAUCUUGCAGCUGCAACCUGCCCUUAUGCCAGUGCAAAUUAUUGUGAUGUUGACGAAAAUGGGGUUCGGCACUUGGUCUUGUGUCGUGUAAUAAUGGGGAACAUGGAGCUUGUCCAUCCUGGCAGUAGACAGUUUCAUCCCAGUAGUAGUGACUAUGAUAAUGGGGUAGAUGACGUUCAAAGUCCGAGUUACUAUGUAAUAUGGAGUAUGAACAUGAACACCCACAUCUAUCCAGAAUUCGUUGUUAGUUUCAAGGUUUCUUCUGAUGUUGAAGAGUUUAUCAGAGGCAACCUAGUUGAUGGAGAAGUUAGGUUUCAUCCAUUGAUUGUUGAUAUCUCCUUGUGGUUGGGGGACUCUCACAUUCAGCAGAUGUUACAUCACUGCAAAUCUGGCCAUCUUUGUGGAGUUGAUAGUAAAAGUAAUGUUGCUGGGAUUAAUAAAGCUGAUCAUGGUCCUCAGGGCUUGUUAACUUGUGAUUCUUCUACAAUAGAUACUGAGAAAGCUGCAAGGGUCAUUGCUAGUGCGCCAAAAGCUCCAAAAUCCCCAUGGAUGCCUUUCCCUAUGCUUUUUGCUGCCAUCACAAAUAAGGUUCCUCCCAAAGAUAUGGAAGCUAUCAAUAUGCAAUAUCAACAAUUCAGGUCAAAGAAGAUAACCCGCGAUGAGUUUGUCAAGAACUUGAGGUUGAUAGUUGGGGAUACUCUCUUGAGGACCACAAUAACAGAUCUUCAAUGCAAGAUGCCAUCAAAGCUACGUGUGAACUAGGGCCAAAAAACAAAGGAGGCUGAAAUCGUAUUUUUCUAAGGAGGUGACGGUCCUUGUACUUGAUUUGUCGCUAUAACAUGGACAAGCAAAACUUGUGAAUAUUGUUAGCUUUUAGAUUUUAUUUAGUGCUUUUCGUUCUCAUCCUCGAGUUUGAACCCAGAAUGUACUAGCAGUUGGAACUUUAUUUUUUUUGGUUAAGAGCCAUUGGAACUUUGUUCUAGAUGAUUUGAGCCAUCUGUGAUCAGAUACACUGUCGAGCCUAAUAAUUUUGCUUGUAUUAGGGGGGUUUCGUAAUUAGAACUCUGCUUUGGGGUGCUCUAUACAUAUUUGUGUCUUCUCGCAGUUGAAAAUGAGUUUUACUUCUA